AUGGCCAACGAAGACGCUCCGACGUGUGCGACCCACUCGCUCCUCUUGUACGCAGGCGCCAAGUACCUCUACACGACCGACCGGUGGCUCUACAACGGCGUCUACUACCUCGACCGCGCAUCGGCCGUGCUCAGCCCUGCGCUGGCGGGGCGUCGAGUACGCUUAUGA